UUCACAAUAUCUCUCAUCAAACUAUAAAUACAUUUAAAUAAUAUAAGAAAUAGUUAUUCAAAUGAAAUUAUUAACCAAAUCAUCAAUUAAUUAUAUCACAAUAUGAAGUCAAAUAUACCGGUAAUUGUUUGCUACUUAAUUGUUAUGACAUAUAAUAUAUAUAACUGUGAAAAAGUUCAAAGACUAGUAUUACCAUCAUUGGCGUCAUCUUUGAGGAUAAUCCCGAGCGUUCAGAUGCCAAUUGUUACAUCCAAUUCAAUACAAUCAGGAUUCAGUUUCCGACUUCCCAUUGCUAUACAAUUUCCCAGUGCUCUUGACUUCGCUCAGUCUUUUAGACAAACAUUAUAUAAUGGAAAUACCAUUGACUUUAUGUCUUCUUCGUUGGACUCGAACCGGACAAGAGUUACAUCGAGAGCCAACUUAUAUCGAGCCAUAGAGAAAACACACAGUCGUUUGGGUCGAGUUUGUCUCCUAAGAGCUAUCUGUGAGGUCGCCGAAGUGCCUUUCAUGUCUGCAUCACAUGGUUUGAUUGGACAGCUAAUUGAUAUGCUCUUAAGUUCUUCUCUAUUAACUGAUAGCACUGGUGUAUUAAAAAGAUAUAAAGAGGCAGAAAUAAUAGGUAAAAGUGGUUCAAAAAAGCAGAGAUGUAAAGCACAUUAUAAGGAAUGUCCGUUUUCUUUAUUCAACUUUCUUGACGUUCCCAUCGGUGGUUAAACAUUUAUCAACAAUUUAUUUAUUUAUUUAUUUA